AUGGCUCAAACAACGCUGGACGACUGGGCAAAAGACCCGGUAGACCCUGAGAUUCGUGCUCAUGUCCACAGUCUCAUUACAGCUCUUGGUGGAAUUGGAGACGACGGCACAUAUUCCCUCGGGGACGACGCAUUGCUAUGCUUGAAGGACCUCCGAAAAUGGCUCAAGUUUGGCGAUGGACAGCUCAAUCGAAGAGAUGUGGCACGAUGCAUGGCGGAAGCCAACCUCGUCAAAGGCGAUUUGCUAGAGAUACUUGCGAAAAUCUCGCCCAAAGCAAUAGAGGACAAGUGGAGGCACAAGAUCGCAGUUGCAGCUUUGGAACUCCUCGUGCCUUUGACAUGGCCAUUCGAGAUCGACCCAAUCGAAGCGACCGUCAACCACCACCGACAUGGACCGUACAUUCAGCUUGCGCAGAUCGGAUACAAGAGAGCGAUCCUCCAGUUCGACCGCGACCGGACGCUACAGACAGCCGUCAAGAUUGCCCUGCCCUCAAUGGCCGUGCCACUGCGCGAACGAACUCCCAGAGACGAGGGCAUAAUCCGUAUCGCGCUGUACUUCAUCCGAAAUAUUGCUAUGCUUUCGCCACCAACGAGUGCCCCCAUGGACAUAGACGAGGCUGAAGUGUCUCGGUCAGCAACCAUCGACACCUUCCAUGAGCAGGACAUAUUUCAGGUCCUCCUGAGUGUUGCAUCGAGCAUUGGAGAAGACUUUGUAGCGCAGGAUGUGAUUGUGCUCGAGAUACUGUUUUUCCUGCUCAAGGGCAUUGAUGCAGAGAAGCUGUUCAUGGAAGACAAGAAGCUCGGCACAAAGAACGCGGACGAGCUGAAGAACUUGAUGCAAAAGGAGAAGGCAAUGCUUGCAGGAUAUGCUCGGAAUGCCCCAACUCGGCACAAUCGAUUUGGGACCAUGAUCUGGGUGAAGCGCGACGACGAGAAGGUGACAACAAUAUCUGGUCAGGACGUGCUCGGCAAAGCACAGGCUAGUAUGCAGAAGAUGGACCAGACGAAGAAGUGGAACAAGCCCAGACGCCCCGGCAAGAAGGUGGACGGAGAGCAAGAAAGAGAAGAAUUUGACUUGCCCGUUGCACUGACUGUCUCCGCUCGCAAGCACAUCAAGGCGUUCGUUGAAGAGUUUCUCGAUUCUUCAUUCAACCCGCUCUUCUUACACCUACGAAAGGCCAUCGAGCGCGAGACCGAGCGAGUCGAGAUACGGCAUUCUCGACAAUUCUUCUACCUAGCAUCUUGGUUUUUGCGAGCGGAGUGUGCACGGCGGCGAACAAUGAAAGAGCGAGCUGCUGAUCCAAAAGAUCCUGCCGUCCUUACUGCCGAGGACGAGAGCUACGGUCUGGUAGCUGAAGUCAUGAACCAAGAGACAUUCAUCUUAUUGAACCGAUUCAUGCAAAAGAGCCAGGACGAAAAGGCAUGGCAGGAUCUCAAUGCUGGCAUGAAGUGCUUUACCCAGAUUCUGCUCACAGUCCACGAGAUGUCGGAAUCGGCGCUAGAAGACGACCAAGAGAUUGCCGAGAACAUUCAAAACCGCAUCUUCUAUGAAGAAUCGACCCACGACCGUGUAGUCAUGAUUCUACGGUCAUACAACGGUCAAGGGUUUGGCUACCUGGACGCGGUCACGGAACUUUCGCACGUGUUCUUGCGGAUGUUGGAACGUUAUGCAAAACAGAACGUGGACCUGCAAGUCAAGUCGAAGCGACGUGCUCGUAAGAUCAAGAAGAAGGUAGCCGAGACCCACGGAGCCAACGGUGACGAGGAGGGCCAAGUAUCAGACACCGAGGACAUACAACAAGCACAGCGGACGGUGUCAGAGCGCAAGUUUGACUUUCAACGUUUCGCAGCAAAAUUUGUCAAUCAAAGUAGCGUCGACACCUUUGUGGCAUUCGCCAGAUAUUUCAGCGAUCUCGAUACCGAGCAACUGAAACGGAUCCACCGGUUCUUCCACCGAGUUGCAUUCAAGAUGGAGCUUGGUGUUCUAUUAUGCCGAGUCGACAUACUUCAGCUGUUCACCAAAAUGAUGAAGGGUCCGGGUGGGCUAGACCCAGAAUCGCCUGCAUACAAGGAGUGGGACGAGUUCGUUAGGCACUUCUUUAGACAAGUUGUCAAGAAGGUUCAAGAGAGACCAGAGCUUGUUGUGGAAAUGCUGUUUAGCAAGAUCCCAGCCACACUGUUUUUCCUCGAUCAUGGCUAUGAUCGUGAGAUCACCAAGUCAACACCACGUGCGCCGGCGGAGCUCGAAGUUAAACCUGGCAUGGAAGUGCCAGAGCAGAUUGGAGUCGCCGUUGGCGUACUGAUCAACCAGGCAAAGUCGGAUGCACUACAUUGGGUUCGAGACAUCCUCAUCUCUGCAGCAGAGGAGCGUAAGGCAUGGGAGGGUGCUGAAGAGGCACGCAAAGCGCUGGCGGCUGCCGAGCGGCCGGCAGGUGAAGAGGUGGCUGAAAAUACCGAGGAGGAGUCCCCGAAGCCUCCGUCCAUUCUUGUCAAACCCGACAGCGAAGAGCGCCGUCUAGCGAUGUUCAAGGACAAUAAGCUGCGACUACUUAUGACGCUUGUAGGGUUCUCCAGGCUGGGCGAAGCGCAUGAUCCCGACGCGACGUGGAUCAUCCCCUCAGCGUUCACGUCAACGGAUCUAGAAUUUGCUAUCGAUCUACUUCGCAAGUACGAGUUCGAUCCGCCAACGUACGAAGAUGGCAAGGGACCCGAGGACCUCAUCCGAAAUAAAGCAUCGGCAGCCCGCCGCUCGACCCGGCGGGUAGACUUUGACGAUGAUGACGAAGAAGCAGAGAAUGCAGUAGAAGAGGAUCAUGGCGAAUACCGUGCCGGCAAAGCUACGGAGAGGAAACCUGAUGGUGAGCGGAAGAAACUAAAGCGACGUCAACGGGUUGGCACACCGGUUGAGUUGGAUGACGAGGAGAAGGACCGCAGAGCCGAAGCUCGACGCAAAAAGGAGCUCGAGAAGUUCGCCAAGCAGAAGAGUACUGAAUUUGUGCACGACUCGGAUGAAGAAGAUGACGACGACAAGGACAUGGAGUUCUUCCGGCGCGAAGAAGCACUUCGAACAGAGAUCAUGAAGGCUUUCGGCAAAUCGCUCACAGCAGGCAGCACAGAGACAGCCACAUCCAAGAAAAGAAAAGCAGAGGAUUCAACAUCUAGGACCAAGAGGCGUAAGACUCCGCCUAAGAGGAAGGCGCAGCCAUUUGCAGACAGCGACGAUAGCGACGAGGAUGUUCAGGACGCUGCAACUCCUAGCAGUAGAGCUCCGUCUUUAUCGGCAAGAGAUAUGAUACACGACGAGAGCGAAGUCGAGGACGAGGCUACCGACACUCCGCUGUCAUCGCAGCACGCCAAUGGUGUACACGAGAGUGAUGAAGACACCACAACGGGAGCUACUGCAUCUAUCACAGUGAAAAGCCAAGAUGUUGUGAUGGCGGACGAUGACGAUGAGGAAGAUGAAGCGACACCUGUUGCAAGACGGCCAAUGGCGCGGAAACGAGGCGCGUUCAUCGUCGAUAGCGACUCGGAGUGA